CACUCCAAGGAGGCGUGGUAGGGAGUUUCGGGGACUCGUAGUAGGUAGUGUGGAAACGGCGACCACGUAUUAGGGGAUCGCUAUGUAUAAGCAUGUUUUCUUAACGGGCCCGCCAGGGAUUGGAAAGACCACUCUAAUUAAGAAAGCAUCAGAAAUGUUAAGAUCAUCUGGUGUUUCCAUUGACGGAUUUUACACAGAGGAAGUAAGACAAGGAGGUAGAAGAAUUGGAUUUGAUAUCGUAACCUUGUCAGGAAAACGUGGGACCUUAUCUCGAACUCAGUCAGAUGGGCGUACAGAUAGGCGUGAAUACAGAGUUGGACAAUAUGUUGUAGAUCUUGUGUCAUUUGAACAGCUUGCUCUUCCUGUACUCAGCUCGACAGUAAAAGAAAAUGGGAAAGAGAAAAUGAUAUGUGUUGUUGAUGAAAUUGGCAAAAUGGAACUCUUCAGCGAGUCGUUUAUUCGCACUGUCCGUAAAACAUUGGAUUGUGCGGGUGCUUUGGUAUUUGGAACUAUUCCAGUUCCCAAAGCGAAGCCUCUGCCACUUGUGGAUGAAAUAAGAAAAAGGCAAGAUGUUAAAGUGUUCCAUAUUACAAAAGAAAAUAGAGAUGUCAUACUGGAAGAAAUAGUGGCUGCAAUAUAUGACUGCAGAAAAUAGUGUAUUU